CGCCAGCUGGCAGUGCGUGUUGGUGGCAACUGGGUCCACUUCAACAGGACUUGGACCUCAACAAGGGUUCACUACAACUUUAAGACGCAAAUUACUUGUUUUUCCUAGUCUGCAGGAAAUCACAUGGAGGUGCUCUUGUGCUCACAUGACAGUCCGAGCGAUGGCAGGAGAGAUCAAUGAAGGUUCAGUUCCUGCCUAUUACAGAGAAGUGUAUGAGGCCAUCCGAUGCAGGACAGAUGAGAGAGUGCAGGUUGAAGUUUUUGAGCGGCUCCUGCAAAGGGCCGGUCUCCCCAAGACGGCUCGCAGCCAGAUUGCUCAGCAUGUUGACUCCACAGAUGGAUUCCUUACCAAGCUGUCCCUCUAUAAAGGACUGGCUUUGAUUGCUGUUGCCCAGCAAGGGAAACAACCAAGCCCUAAACUCUUGGAGAACUACAUACAGGAGUUACCAAAACCCCAGCUCGGAGAGCCAAGGGAGCUGAACGCUCUGAGGAUGCAGCCGGCUCAGAAUGAUGUUCUGACCAUUUCAGAGACGCUGGAAAAGCUUCUGGCCAAAGACACAGUCCAGGUGGAGCUGAUACCGGAGAAGAAGGGCCUGUUCCUCAAGCAUGUGGAGUACCAGGUCACCAGCCAGCGUUAUAAAAUAUCAGUUUAUAGGCGGUACAGUGAUUUCGACAUCUUCCAUGAACUUUUACUUCAGAAAUUUGCCUACAGAGUGGUUCCAGCACUGCCACCCAAAAGGAUGCUAAAGGGAGUCCUGACAUCUGUGUCUGAGCAUGAGUUCAUUGAAGGGAGAAGACGAGCUCUGGGCAGAUUUAUAAACUUAGUGGCCCGCCACCCCGUCUUCUCCGAGGAUGAGCUGGUCAAGACCUUCCUCACCUUCAGUGGCUCUGAUGUCCAGACCAGGCUGCGUGACACUUGCAAGAAAUCGGGUGACGAGUUCAUGACCAACAAGAUUGCAACCCAAGUGAAGGAAUAUCUCCCAGCAGACAUUCAGGCUCAGUUCUCAACUAGCAGAGAGCUGAUUAAAAAUAUCCACAACAGCUUCCAGAGGCUGCGGGACAGAGCAGAAAAAAUGGCUGAGCGCUCAAAGGAGAAUGCAACUGAUCUGCUUCAGUUUGGUCGAGAGCUUAGUGCUCUGGGCUCAGAUGCGUCGGCUCUUCCUUCCUUGGCCUCCUCACACAGCAGCUGGGGAACCCUGCGUCGGUCGUUGAAAAGCCUGUCGGUGGAGUUUGCCGUUUUAUCCGACAAAGCCACUCAGCAGGGCAGACGGGAAGAGGAUGAUGUUGUGGAGAAACUGAACUUCUUCCUAGAUUUGCUGCAGUCAUACAGAGAUCUAUGCGAGCGUCAUGAAAAGGGUGUGCUUCAUGAGCACCAGAGAGCGCUGCACAAGUACGGCGUGAUGAAAAAGCAGAUGAUGAGUGCCACAGUUCAGUCCAAAGAGCAGGCUUCUGUAGAGCAGCUGGAGUCACGAAUCGUUCAGCAAGAAAGUGCCAUCCAGACCAUUGAGCUCCGCAACUAUUUUUCCCUGUUCUGCCUUCAUCAAGAGACGCAGCUUAUCUUCAGCUACCUUCCAAUCACUUCUCACAUUCUCGGGGCUUUCGUUAACUCCCAGGUCCAAGGACACAAAGAGAUGGGUGAGGUGUGGAAUGAACUCCAUCCAAAGCUUGGGUGUCUCUUUGGUAGUAAUAACGGACUGAAACCUCCAAUCUGAAACCCACAUGCAGUGCAGAAGAGAAACACAUGAAUUGCUCUGUGAGCUAAUGCUAAAUAAUUUGUAAGGCACAACUGUUCCCAGUCUAUCACAUGACAUCUCAUCCAGUAAGACGAUUUCUAUUAUCUACAGUGAUUAACUACAUGUGUGAAUUUGUGCUUUAGGGUAUUGCUUUUAUUUCAGAAUUAGCUUUUACCAAUGUUAGCACAGCAACAAGAUGCUAAGACUUGUUAUUCUAUAAGGGACAUAAGGUGGACUACAUACAGUCAUACAUUUAGACACAUUUUCUGAAUCAUCUGUUUACAGCUUUUUAGAAGUUGAACACACUAAGGCACUGACACUGAGAUUUCAGUCUUUCUGGAUGUUUGUUUAAUCUCCUGUCAAUUGCAUUCAGUUUUCUGAAUAGCUUUAUCACCACAGAGAAGUUAUAUAUCUGCAGAGUUUAUAGAAUUGACAAUUCUGUGUGCUUUCAUACAUAUAUUUUGUAACGAACGUUUGUGAACCCUGUGGAUUUUCUGCAAGAAUGUGACCUGAAACAUGAACAGAUUUUAAACAGCUUCUUAAAGUCAAUAAAAAAGACAAACAUA